AUGGUUCUCAAAGAUCUUAUAAACCAUGUGAUCCUUCAAGAUUCUUCUGCCAUCAUGAGUGCAUGUGGGAGCGCUGCUCUCUGCCUUCUGCUCUUACUCUGUCUGACUCCGCUGUGUGUGACAGCAGGGAAAAUCUUAAUCUGGCCUGAGGAAUUCAGCCACUGGCUCAACAUUAAAAUUAUCAUAGAUGAGCUUAUAGCAAGAGGACAUAGUGUGACCAUCAUUACCCAGAGUGCUACACCGUCAAUAAAGACAGAUCAGUCUCCGGGCUACAAUGUAGAGGUCAUACAGGUGCCUCACAGCAAGGCAAAGGUUAUUGACACAUUCGACAGGUUUUUUAAAUACUGGAUGUACGACCUGCCAAAUACCAACAUGAUCCAUGCUUUUCUAAAGCUCACUGAAAUAAUAGACAUGAUGCUAGAGCAGAAUAAAGCUCUAUGCAGAGAGCUUUUUGCACGUGAAGAUCUGCUGGAGAAGUGGAGAAUGGAAAAGUUUGAUGUUCUUCUGACAGACCCUGUGAUUGUAUGUGGGGAACUGCUAGCACAGAAGCUCAAUCUGCCCUUCAUAAACACUCUGAGUUCCAGUUAUGGCAGUGUUAUGGAGCGACUUUGUGGCCAGCUUCCUGCACCACCGUCCUAUGUUCCUGCAGCUAGCCUGGGUUAUACAGAUCACAUGGAUUUCCUAGAGAGAGUGAAAAAUGUUUUGUUUAUUUUCUUUAUAAAUAUUGCAUCGGAUCUCUUGGCUAUGCUGAAAUGGGAUCAUCUCUUUACAGAAGUCAUGGGCAAACCCACAACACGGUGUGAAUCUAUGGGCAAAGCUGACAUCUGGUUAAUCCGAACUUAUUGGGACUUAGAAUUUCCACGGCCGCUCCUCCCAAACUUCAAAUUUGUUGGUGGAUUACACUGCAAACCUGCAAAACCUCUACCAAAAGAGAUGGAGGACUUUGUCCAGAGCUCAGGAGAUGAUGGUAUUGUAGUGUUUUCACUUGGCUCCAUGAUAAAAAACCUCACCAAAGAGAGAGCGAACACCAUCGCUUCAGCACUCGGACAGAUUCCCCAAAAGGUCUUGUGGCGAUACACUGGCGAGAAACCAGAAACUCUUGUUGCUAAUACAAGAGUCUGUGACUGGAUUCCUCAGAAUGAUUUACUAGGACAUCCUAAAACCAAGGCCUUCAUCACCCAUGGUGGGAUUAAUGGAAUAUAUGAAGCUAUUUAUCAUGGAGUUCCCAUGGUGGGUCUGCCACUGUUUGCUGAUCAGCCUGACAAUGUAAAUCACAUGAAAGCCAAAGGAGCUGCUGUGAUGCUUGACUUCAACAAAUUGGGGACAGAGGACUUGAAGCAGGCUGUCAAUGAUGUCAUUAAAAAUCCAUCCUACAAGGAGAGCAUUAUGAGGCUUUCCCAAAUCCAUCAUGACCAACCGAUGAAGCCGCUGGACCGAGCUGUCUUCUGGAUCGAGUAUGUGAUGCGCCAUAAGGGAGCCAAGCACCUGAGAGUCGGAGCCCAUAACCUCACGUGGUAUCAGUACCACUGCUUGGACGUUGCUGCCUUUCUGCUCUCUGUAAUUGCACUAGUCGUGUUCAUCUUUGUGAAAACGUGCAGAUGGCUCUUCUGGAAAUGUUGCAGAAAGACACCAGCAAAGAGCAAGAAAGAGUGA